GGGAGAGCGAGCGCGCGCGAAUCAAACGUUAUUAUAAAAAAAUCAAACAAUCCAAUCGGGGUUUUUUUUUCGACGUAAAAAGAUCUUUUGGUAAAAAAGAGAAUAGAAAUUUUCCAUUAUCUUGAUCAUAUAAAAGAGCAAGGUCACGUAAAACAGUUUGUACGUUCAUAAGCUUAUUCGAUAUCGUUCGUUCGCGAUGAACGAUAAAGCGCUCUGAUGUAAUUUGAAAGAUUAAUAUAUUAACCAUCCGCGUGGGUCCCGAAACAAGUUGUGACUGUGACGACGACGACGACGACGACGACGACGACGAUUACGACGAUUACAACGACAACAACGACAACAACGACAACAACGACAACAACGACAAUAUAACGACAAUAACGAGGACGACGACGACGACGACGAUUCAAUCACAACGCAACAACGACCACGACAACGACAACGACAACACAUUGACAACGACGACAACGGUGGUGGUAGCAGAAGCAGUAGCAGCGAACGAUAGCGGGACAGCUGCGAUCGAAGGACAUGAAUAGGUGUGAGAGAGAAGGAGAUAGAAAUAAGAGUGUUCUGAGGAAGGCAAAAGGGAGAAGGCCAUAAACAUACAAGAUUGGAACGUUUCUACACUACUUCUAUAUCCUUUGUGUCUGGAUCGGAUGAAGGGAAACAUGUUAUUAAACGGUCAGACUGCAAUCAUCAAGUUCCUUCCAAAAUAUUAUCUUUACUAUCUCGGUUGUAUUCGAACGAAACGAUAAGAAGAGAAAAAAAAAAGCUUAGCUAAUAAGACAUUUUCGCGCCGUACGCAACCGACGCGAUCUCUCUCUCUCUUUCUCUCUCUUUCUCUCUCUUUCUCUCUCUCUCUCUCUCAUCUCUUUCUGUUGUGUGUGUAUGUCACACAACGAACAAGAUUAAUGUUAACUUGGCGUACCCUUCACAGCAAUCCUUUUCUUUCUUUCUUUCUUUCUUUCUAUUUUUCUUUCUUCCUUUCUUUUUUUUUUUAUCUUCUUUUUUAUAUCGAUAAAGACCUUCUACCGUUACGGUUAUCUCUCGCGAGCUACGAAUUUUCAUUCUUUCUCUUCUUCUUUUUUCCCGCGAAAAACUGAUGCGCUUAGAUUUAGAUUGCACGCGUUAAGCCCUCGAAGAGAAAUUCAUCGAAGUCAAGGUUAUAUGCGUGCGUCUCUUUCCCCAAUGUGUAUUGUCAAAAUCAGCUGCCAUUACUAUAGCGUGUUGUACGUACGUACGGAUCUGUACUCUUGUCGUCGUGUGAGCGUCGUGUUUCUUUUAUUUUACGAUAUGUGUUCACACUGUGCUGUGUCCCCCGAUUGAAGAAGAGAAAUCAAAGCGUACAAGCAUAGAAUAAAACAAAGGAAAUAUUAAGAUUGAUUAUUCCUAUCUUCUCUUUGCUUAAGGGAUAAGCAAGCUUAAGGUGAUAUUUUAAGAAAGAUUUACAGUUCUUAAAGGGAGUGUAAGCAACGAUUAAACGUAACAGUGGUAAAUGCGGUGGUUGAAGGAGAGAUGGACCCAUCAAUGUUUGUUACUUACACCCCUCAAACGAAUGGAGUUCCAUUGGAAUCCAAACUUGCUACCUACAUGAAUCGUCAAAGUCCUGGGACAACACUGAAUACUACUGCGGUAACAAAACAUCUGUCCAAUCUUUCUCUUGAUUCGCAAAAGAAAGUAACUGCCAGUCCAGAAUUUGUACCAGGAAGAGGUCUAACUGGUAGCAAUAGCAGUUCUCCUAAUCUUUUCAAUAACUCCUAUCACUCCCAAGAGAAUGUAGGUGGUACAACUUAUUUUUAUCUUGGCAAUGCUGCCACAGAUGCUGUUGGAGGGGAAGAAGGAACGGAUGGUAUUGCUACCAUGGGAACGGCUCAAGCAGGCUACGUAUAUCCAGGUACACCAGCUCAUUUGCAACCUGUGAAACCAACGAAGACUUCUUCAUCGAGUAGCUCCUCUGCCCCUUCCACACCCCCGCCACAAGCAGCUCCUAGCUUUUUUAUCAGUGAAAGUAUAAGGAUGGACAUACUUCAAAAAAAUGCAUUAGUAUUAGCUCAACCCGACGUGGUGAGAUUUCCUGACCUGCCAAAUGAAGUAGACAAUUAUCACGAGUUAUGCCCAUUGGAACCUAUUCAUAAACCAACUUCUACGGUACUUGGAUAUCAAACUUCAACGUACAAAGCAACAAGUAUAAAAAGCGGUACACGUUAUUGCUUACGUCGUGUUCAUGAUUUCAGACUCGCAAAUACCAAGUGUAUGGUUUUGGUUGAUAUGUGGAAGCGAUUAGCGCACACUAAUUUAGUUCAAUUAAGAGAGGUCUUUACUACAAAGGCCUUUGGCGAUCAUUCCAUGGUGUUCGUAUAUGAUUAUCAUCCUGGAUCCGAGACGUUAUUAAACAAGCAUUUUUCUUCGACCGAAUUGAACGGCUAUACCGAUCCAUUUUCUUCGGAUCCCAAUGCUCCACGACCGUACAGUCAUACAAAAAAUACUAUUCUUAGACAACAACAUAGUAGUAUGCUUCCUGAAAGCGUUAUAUGGAGUUAUAUCAUACAACUUACUGCCGCACUUCGUGUCAUUCACGCUGCUGGCUUGGCAUACAGGUGUUUGGAUCCCACCAAAGUAUUACUAACGUCACGUACACGGCUUCGUUUGAGUUGCGUCGCUAUACCGGACGUUGUUACAUUCGAUGGAACAGCAACAAAUCCACUUACACUCAUACCUCAUUAUCAGCAAGAGGAUUUAAUAGCACUAGGAAAGUUGGUAUUGGCUUUAGCAUGUCGCAGUCUUCUCGCCGUCCAUCGCGACAAUAUGCAGGCCUCUCUCGAGCUCGUCGCACGUUCCUACUCAACCGAUCUUCGAAAUCUCAUAUUGUAUCUGCUUUCGAAUCAAGCUCGAAGAAGUGUAACAGAUCUCAUGCCAAUGAUCGGAGCACGCUUUUAUACUCAAUUAGAUGCUGCUCAACUUAGGUCUGAUGUACUUGAGAAUGAACUUGCCAAGGAAUUAGAAAAUGGAAGAUUAUUUAAGCUACUGGUUAAAUUAGCUACCAUCAAUGAAAGACCAGAAUUGAAUAUGGAACCUACUUGGGCAGAAACUGGUGAUAGAUAUAUGCUCAAAUUAUUUAGGGAUUACGUUUUCCAUCAAGUAGCUGCCGAUGGAAGACCCUGGUUAGACAUGGCACACGUUGUGUCUUGCUUAAACAAGCUUGACUCCGGAUCUCAUGAUAAGAUAUGUUUGAUGUCACGGGAUGAACAAAGUGUAUUAGUUGUAAGUUACGCAGAAUUACGACAAUGUUUGGAAACUUCGUUUGGGGAAUUGGUACAAUCUACAAAAGAUGCUGUCUAGGUCAAUGAUUUUUUCUUAUUGGCCAGAUACAUACUCCGAACCAUAAAUGUGAUAUCACCAUUUAGCGGUACUAUCAUUUUAAACUUUAUAAAUAUAUUUAAGAGAGUGUGCGAAUACGAAAGAGUUCAUGUGACGAUAUAAAAAGAAUGCUCCAGUUCGUAAACAUGAUUUCAAAAGUCAAAUCAGUAGACAAAUACUACUUUUCAAUUACACUUGCAUGUAAUAUACAUAAGCGAAGGAAUCAUGUGAUGAAAUGUAAAUCGGUAAAGGUUUGAAUUUGCUGUGGAAUCCAUUAUGGUACUAUACAAAAGUGUACACACAACUUAAUAACGCAAUGAAGUCUUAAGAAAUCUUAAGGAAACACCUAAAACACUGUCGGUGUAUAGGUUAGAGAUCUUAGUCUUUAGGAUACAGCUGGUAAGCAUUAAUUUUGAAAUAAAUGUUUAUUUUUGAAAGCAAUCUUAAUCUAUGUGUAAUUAUUUCAGAAUUCGACAACCAUCAAACAAAUUUUUUUUUCCCAUAAAUCCUUCAAGAUCUUCAAGCUAAGAAUCAUCCUUUCGAUCAUCCAAAGAAAUUUCAAAAUCAUUAGAAAAUAUUCUAAUGCGCCCGUUUUGGUGGGUAGAGAUUCAUGUCCUUAUCCUCGUUUCUUCCCUCUUAAAUCACUCGAACGUGCAAUCACUCAAACUUGAUCUCAUUUCCUUCGUACAAUUGCACACACACACACACACAGAUAAAUACGUAUACGUAUAAGUGAUACUAACAUUGGCGUCAUGGUUGACCAUGAAAUUCGAAGGAACGAUCAAGAAGUAGACGCGUUAACCGAGUCGACUCUCGGAUCAUCGCUCUUCACUUAAUUGUCUUAAUGCUUCUCGUGAUUUACUCCCUCGCGCUUUGUCACUUUUGACGAUCAUCCUAUCGUGGAUUGAACACACUCGUACGUAUUAAAUUCUAUUUAUUCCUACGGAUGGAACCCGCUAACCCAAAGACAUACGAACGAUAUCAUUGAUAACUACGUCCUCAUCUCAUAUACAUACAAUAUUUUUCUUAAAAAUCCGUCCCUUAUGCAUAUAUUUAUCUAUAAUUAUUAUAUUUCGGAUUAUAACAUCAAAUAUUAAUAAUUAUACGGUAAUAUAUUUCUAAAUUAAUAUCAAAUAUUCAAACAAUAAUUCUUAGAUUUUAUAUCAUUACAAUUAUCAAUUAAUUUGCAAUUAACAAUGAAUUUCAAGUAAUCCUUCUCCAAGUUUUUUUUUUUUUCUAAAAUUCUUAAAUCCGAUUAAAUCCAAUCGCUUUCAUAUAAAUCUUAUAGAAAUAAAAGAGAAAACUCGUGCUAAACUCUCUAACGAAUGUUAAAAAAAAAAAAAAAAGAUUAAGAAUAGUAACGAAGAGAACUUUAUCUUCCUUUUUCUCUCUUUCUCUGUCUGUCUGUCUGUCUAUAUCUGUCUCUGUCUCCUCUCUCUUUCUUUCUCUCUCUCUCUCGCUCUCUUUCUCUCUCUCAUUCAGUAAACGCGUAUCGUUAGAUGAACUGAGUCGAGCGCAACGAAUUCGGUGGUGGGUUUCAGUAGGCUCUUGGUAAGGUCUAGUCUGUGGGUCGCUGCUGAUGGUGAUGGUGGUGCUGCCUGUUUAGCGCAGUCGCAUUAGGUCUUUGGUAGUCGUCGGUGGAGAGCUCGUUGUGUCGGUCCAGGUACGAAGAGACAGAGGACGAAGACGCGCGCGCGAAAACGUGAACUACAACGACAACUAGAAACCACGAUAAAAAGAAAGAAAGAGAGAAAGAAAGAAAGAAAGAAAGAAAGAAAGAGAAAG